AGUUUCGUAAUCGUCAGUCCUCACAUCUCUGUCCGAGCAGUAAAUCGGUAUCACAAAUUCUAAGUUAUCAUUAAUAAAUAAAAUACUAUUACAGUUAAUGUGAGACAAAUAAAUUUAAGUCACAUGUGUGUUCAUCUACUCGUUAGAAAUAAAUAGAAUUUAUUUAUUGUUUACUGUCAGAAUGUUUUCAUUGAAAGUAAUUUUUAUCGCGAUAGUGGCUACGGUAUUUUACGCCGAGCCAGCGGACGCGCUAAGAAUUCUUGGAAUUUUUCCACUUGCCGGCAGAAGUCAUUUCAUUCCCGCGGCACAAUUAUUAAAAGGACUCGCUGCCAAAGGACAUAAAGUUGACGUCGUCAGUCAUUUUCCUCAAAGCAAACCUCUGCCUAAUUACACGGACAUCAGUUUGAAAGGCACGUUACGAAUCGCGACGAAUAACAUGACUUACAAUGACACUAGACAAUUCAAUUCGUUUUCUAUGUAUCAGUUUACUUAUAUGACAGGAGUUGAAGUUUGCGGUUUAUUAGGACAGCCGGUUUUUGAAAAACUUUUAAAAACUCCUAAGGGAACCUAUGAUUUGAUUAUACUUGAGUUAUUUGCCGCGAAUUGUUACAUUCCAUUCGGUCAACAUCUCGGAGCUCCGGUAGUCGCGAUGGUUGUGUCGAAAAUGCACGAUUGGCUGUACGGACCAUUCGGUGUGCCCUUUAACACAGCAUAUACGCCAAGUUUGUUCUCAAGCUUCGACCAGCGUAUGACAUUUCUACAACGACUUCAAAAUACCGCAGUAUCGUCAAUAAUCGUGGCUCAAAUAAAUUACUACAUGGAAAAUCAGAAGAUUUUUGUCGAAAAGUACUUUAAUCGCAAGGUCGCGAGCAUCAUGGAUUUAUAUGACGAAGUAUCAAUCGUACUUCUCAAUUCACAUCACAGCCUCUAUGACAUAAUACCCACACCGCCGGCGGUAAUUGAAGUCGGUGGCCUUCAUGUUCAUGAUGAUCAGCAAGAAUUAUCUCCCGAGAUUAAAAAAUGGCUUGAUGAAAGUAAAGAUGGCUGCGUUUAUUUCACAUUUGGGUCAAUGGUUAGAAUAGAAACAUAUCCAGCAGCAACACUUGAAAUUUUUUACGAAAUGUUCAAGAAAAUUGCACCAGUCCGAGUAUUAUUAAAGAUAACAGAUCCUAAAUUACUACCCCCAGGAUUACCUAAAAACGUCAUGAUAUCGCCUUGGUUACCACAAGUCGCUAUUUUAAAGCACAAGAAUACGAAGGCCUUUAUAACUCACGGAGGAUUAAUGGGAACACAGGAAUCGCUGGCUUAUGGAGUUCCGAUGGUCGGUUUGCCGAUUUUCGGGGACCAGUAUACGAACUUGCAGGUUUAUGAAAAACGUAAAAUUGCAGUUGUAUUGAAGCAUGAGGAUAUAACUGCAGAAUCAUUGACCAAAGCUGUUACUACUGUUCUCAAUGAUCCGAAUUAUAGAGAUAAUAUAAAACGACUGUCAAAAUUAUUCCUCGAUCGACCGAUGAGCGCAAUGGACACGGCUAUUUUCUGGGUCGAAUACACCGCGAGAAAUGGAAAUAUCUUACAAUCACCGGCGACCAAACUGUCAUGGUGGCAGUAUUAUUUGAUCGAUGUAUAUGGAUUCAUAUUGUUGUGUAUAGCUGCUGUUCUAUAUAUCACGAAGUGCCUCAUAAAGUUCCUAUACAGAUUAAUUUGUUCAAGAAAAUCAUCGCAGAACAAGACACCGGUCGCGAAAUCCAAAAAAAAUAAAUAAACGCUCGCUGUUGAUGAGAUUCAAAAAAAAAUUAUCGAAGUAAACCACCGGAAAUUACUCUACUCAAUGUAAAAAAAAAAUACCAUUGUACAGAAAAUUUGUAGAUAAGAAUAAUAUAGAAAAUUUUUUAAACACCGAAUUCAAAUUUUUACGAUCUCUAAAAAAAAAUUUGUAUGUUUGUAAUUAAUUAAUAAUCGCGGCACGCAAUUAAUAAGCUCAUAAAUAUUAUAAUUAGUGCACUAGCUAGCAAAUUUAAACUAAAUAUCGGUAGUAAAAUAUUAGAUUUUUUGUUAAUUUGCUUGUACCGAUUUUUGAAAUUAAUAAAAAUUUUUUACUCAUCGA